AUGUGGUUUUUCAGGAGAAGGCUUCCUAAAAUUCCCAGAGCCUUCAUUUGGCUCAUUGUUUUAACACACGUUUGCCUCUUCAUUGCUAGUUUCAGCUCUUGGUUUGGCUUGUUGAAGACCACGAUUUCCAGGCAACUGGGCAUUUCCCAGCACGUCCCACAUAUGUUACAAGUGGACACCCAAAAGCAACAGGCUUUCAACUAUACUGAUAAUGGGAAGACAAGAAGCUUUUCAAUGGUGUCUUCAGGGAGAAACAUCUCAAGGCUCGAACAAGAUAUGGUUGAGAGGACACCAAAACUGGAGGGAAAGGAGGAGCAGAAGAAAAUGGCAACACCAGUUGCCAGGGUGGAGGAAGCCAAGGAGAACGUGGCUGUGAAACCACCCCUGGGGCUGAAGGGAAUCAAGAAGACAACAGUGAAAACAGACCCUAGGGUGCAGGGAAACAAGCAGAAAACAACAGUGAGACCAGCCGCGGGGGUGGAAGAAGCCAAGGAAAAGACAAUAGUGAAACCACUUCCCAGAGUGGAAGGAGCCAAGGAGGUGACAGCGAAACCAUCCUCUGGAUUGAAGGGAACUCAUGAAAACAACGUAUCCAAAGAUCAAACAAAGCCAAAAGAGCCUCCUGCGUCAGGGAAGACUCUAAGACCUGUUCCUCAGGCUGCUGCAGUGACAGAAAAGAAGAGACUGAGGGCUGCUGACUUCAAGUCUGAGCCGCGAUGGGAUUUUGAGGACAAGUAUCUGCUGCUCCACCAUCGCCCUUCCUCAACCUGCUCUGAAUCAGUGAAGGCCAAAGCUGCCAAGUCUGACUGGCUCCAGCAUCUUUUCCUGCCCAACAUCAUGCUCUUCACAGACAAGAGGUACUUCAACAGCAGUGAGUGGGAGCGCCUGGAGCAUUUUGCACCUCCCUAUGGCUUCAUGGAGCUGAAUUAUUCAUUGGUGCAGGAGGUCAUGUCCCUGCUGCCCCCAAAUCCUCACCAGCAGUUGCUCCUGGCCAACAGCAACAGCAGCGUGCCAACAUGCAUCAGCUGUGCUGUCGUGGGGAAUGGAGGAAUAUUGAAUAACUCUGGGAUGGGCCAGGAGAUUGACUCCCAUGACUACGUCUUCCGGGUGAGUGGAGCUGUAAUCAAAGGUUAUGAAAAAGAUGUGGGAACAAAAACCUCCUUCUACGGAUUCACAGCCUACUCCCUGGUGACCUCUCUCCAGAUCUUGGGGCACAGAGGGUUCAGAAACAUCCCACGGGGAAAACAUGUCAGAUACAUCCACUUCCUGGAGGGAGCCAGAGACUACGAGUGGCUGAAGGCUCUUCUGCUGAACGAGAACGCCAGGAAAGGAGUCUUGGACUCCGGGAGGAGGCCCCGGGAGAGGUUCGAUGAAGAUUUCACGACAGACAAAUACCUGGUGGUUCACCCCGAUUUCCUCAGAUACACGAAAAACAGGUUUUUGAAAUCUAAAACUCUGGAAAAGCCCUACUGGCGUCUGUACAGGCCCACAACGGGGGCCUUCCUGCUGCUGACUGCCCUCCAUCUCUGUGAUCGGGUGAGUGCCUAUGGCUACAUCACGGAGGGCCACGAGAAGUACUCGGAUCACUACUAUGACAAGGACUGGAAACGCCUCAUUUUCUACACUAACCACGACUUCAACCUGGAGAAGCAGGUGUGGAAAAAGCUUCAUGAUGAGAAUAUCAUGAAGCUUUACCAGAGAUCCUGA